CAGAUUUGCAGUUUAACUGGAGAGGACCACCAUCAUGACUCCAGUGAUCUUUCUCGUCCUCUUCCUGUCGCUGACGAACGUUCUCCCGGGAACAACAGGAGCUCCAACAAAAAAGUCGAUGGACGUCUCUAAAAUCAUUGAGAGAGCUAAUGCUGGCAUAAAAACGCUCCUGAUGAACGGUGACAUUGUGCCAAAUUUAAAGAGGAAUGCCGACCCCUGCGUGACCAAAGGCUGCAUGUGGCCCAAAACUGGAAGUUACGUCUACGUGCCUAUCACCAUCGGCUCUGAAUACACCAGAGCAGAGCGCAACAUCAUCAUUAAUAGCCUGUUGACCUUCCAUCAAUUCACCUGCAUUCGCUUUGUCUGGCAUACUACGCAACAGGAUUACCUCAGCUUCUUCUCUGGAACUGGGUGUUGGUCCUACGUGGGCCGGCAGGGAGGCGUACAGCAAGUGUCCCUGUUGAAAAACGGUUGUCUGUACACAGCCACGGUGGAGCACGAGGUUCUCCACGCUCUGGGCUACAAUCACGAGCAUGUCCGCUCCGACAGAGACUCUUACGUCUCCAUCCUCACGGCGAACAUUGAGCCAGGAUUUGAAUCAAACUUCGAGAAGGUGGCAACUAACAACUUGGGUACUCCCUACGACUUCAACUCUGUCAUGCAGUACAGCAAAUACUCCUUUUCCAAAAACGACUUGCCAACCAUCACCGCUAAAAGCAAUCCUAACCUUGAGGUUGAAAAGCCC